UUCCCGACGGUCAGAGCGAGCAGCGGACACACAGCGCCGGUAACCGGUAACCGAGCUGCUGCAGCCGGUUGUUGGUAGUUGGUUGGAUUUAUUAGUUUGUUGUUGUUUAUUUCUGCGGCAGAAAAGAAACGUUAGGAAGGAAGAAACGGUGAUUCUUCAUGCUCAUCCUCUUCAUCUUCCUGGCGGAGCUGGCAGCCGCCAUCCUGGCCUUCCUCUUCAGGGAGCACUUAACCAGAGAGUAUUUCAGCAGGGAGCUGAAGCGCCACUACCAAGGUCACAACAACACCGACGUCUUCACAUCCACAUGGAACGCCAUCAUGACCACGUUCGACUGCUGCGGCGUGAGCGGCCCUGAGGACUUCGAGGAGAGCCUCUUCAGGCUCCUCAGCCCCAGUAAGAUGGUCCCUGAGGCCUGUUGCCAGAGGAACGGUUACCCAGGAGACGUCAGCGUGGAGCAGUGCGUGAGCGGCAGCGUGGCCUUCAGGCACAACAAGGGCUGUUACUCUGCGAUGGUGGAUUACUUUGAGACGUACAUUUACACAGCCGGAGCUCUAGCCAUCGUGGUGCUGACUAUCGAGCUCUUCGCCAUGGUGUUCGCCAUGUGUUUAUUCAGAGGGAUCCAGUAAACGCGGCGUCCACGCGCAUCAUCACCAGCCGGCAGGAAGGCACAAGCAGGAGCAAAACAAAACUGUAAAAUAUGAAAUGUAUUUGUACAGUGAUAGUUUACGUGUCUCAUUGGUUUUUCGUGACAUCAUUUUGUACUUCACAGCAGCAGCAGGCGUUCGAGGUACUUUGCUUUGGGCACAAUAGACGCACACGGGAGGGUUUUAAACACUGAGUGCAAACUGAUUUAGUCACUUCAGUCCAGGACCAGGAAGCCGGAAACACACACCACACGACUCACAGCCGGAUUAAAACCUCGACUUGACGAUCAGGAUCCUGGAGAGUGAGCAGUUCAGGGACAAUCAGCGCAUAUUAUCUCGCAGUCAGGAUUAUAUGAGAGAUGUCUGGUUCUUUCACAGCUGCAGCUUCAUGUAGUCGGUCGGCAACGGAAGUCAGAACACGUUGGGCAAGUUUUAUUUUUAUGGUUAUAACAUAAAACAUGAAUUAAUGUAUGUAAUGUUAGUGCAUCUGCCAACAGUGUGUCAUUCGAGAAGAGUCGUUCUGUGACACAAAUAAAGUGUGAAAACAAGUAAAAGUCCUGCAUUCAGAAUCUGAACAAACCCAGAGGAAGCUGCUGGAGCUCAGCGGUGGAAGAAGUGUUGUACAGUAUUAACAUCAGACAGGCUCUGGGUUGAAUGUUUUAUAUUCAUUUUAUAAUAAUUUUAAAAACAGAAGCCCAAGAGGUCAGAAUUGGGACAUAAUUACAUUUAACCUUUGACUCUGACCAUAUUGAAAACUUAGCCGUGAGCAGGUACUCAGUAGAAGAUGGAAGCGCCUGUUUAGUGGCUAAAAAAUCGAAUAUAAAUAAAUCAGAAUAUUAUAACUUACAAUCAGAGGCCGCUGAUGCACCAGGUUAGAAGUACAUCAAUCAGUUCAGGAGCAAACACACAAUCCAUGUCUCCUCUCGUUUGCUCCUGUACAUCCCUUCGUGGUGCCUUCACUGACACAGCGGCUACUUAAUCCUUCACGUAACGAGUGCUCGGUCUGGUGCUUACUCCCCCGAAUAAUAAUAAUCAAAAUAAUGAAAUAUAACUGAUUCAUGAUGAAAACUUAGAGUGAAGGUACAGAAUAAACAGCAGAGGUUGAUGAUGACGAUGAAUUGGAUGAAAUAAGAAAAAUAAGAUUUACGUCUUUAGUAUCUAAAUCUGUCAGACAAAUGUAGUAAAAAAUACAAUAUUUCCCUAUUUUAGAAGUAUAAAGUAGAAUAAAAUAGAAAUACUCAAGUAAAGUACUUUAAAAUGCUACUUAAGUACUUGAGUAAAUAAACUUUCCACCGCUGUUACAACAAAAUAAAACCUGUCAAACCUCAGCAAAUCAACGUUUUAUUAACAUAUUUAAGCUCUAAAUUCAUUCACAUUAACACAUUAUGAUAAUGAACUCUAUUAAAGUUACCUGAAUGUGACUCGUAGGACGAGAACUGAACCGCUGACUGUUUUUAUUUGUGGCGUGAGGCUCAUUGUGAACGCCACGAAUCAUAAAUCAUUAAUUAAAUAUAAUUCAGAGCCUCUUCACAACGUUAUUUAAAAGAACACGUUUGUUUACAAGAGUCUGUACAGUGUGAAGAGUAUUCAGUUGGAGCACCUGUAAUUAAAUGCAUCUUGAAUGUGUGUGUGUAAAUAUGCCGGUGAUCAGUGUGUGUUUCCCUCUUUGUGCAGUGUGAUAAUGUUCUUUUGUUCUUUUGUCAAUAGUUAUAAAAACUGAAAUUUAGCAAAAAAAUAUUUUUUUUUGUGUUUUGAAAACUACUUGAUUUGUAUAUAUGGCACUGAUUGAUAUUAUUGAUUGAUUGAUAUUAAACUGAUUUACGUGAUUUUAGUGGUGUGACGUUUAAUUUAGGCUUCAUUUAUACAUGCAUUAAAAAAUGUUUUUUAUCCUCAUGUUACAGGUGAGUUUAUAAAAUA